AGCAUUUCCUGUACGCGCGCGCACAGCUCCCGCUCCUCCCCCUCCGGCGUGCACGCGCACCGGGCUCUGGCAGCUAGCGGGCAGAAUGCUAGCAAGCUAGCAGUAGUUCAAGAAGAAAAUGGCGAUCACGCAGGACGAAUGCUGCCCUCACUAGAUGCUGCAAACGCCUUGAAUUUCUCUUUUUUUUGUAGCCUUACCAGUCGGCUUUCCUCUUCCACUCUGUUGCACUUUAUACUUCAAUGAGAUUCGGAAUUGGAAGCCUUGCCACCAAAGAAACUGAAGCAUCUUAACAGGUUGGGAAUCCACCCACAGAUGGACAGACUGUGGAUGGAAGAGAGUGAGAAACAGAAAGUGUGACAAGGAAGGAGGAGAAUAAUAAUAUACAGGACUCGGCAAAAGGACCUGUGAAAGCAAAGUCCUUCAUCCAAACAGCAUUCCCCUUCCCAAACACACACACACACACACACACACACACACAUUCAGUGUUCAGCAAGUCGUCAGAAAUGCCAAGGGGGCCUGAUCCGCCAGUUGCCCACUCUGAACAACCCGGCCUCUUCACCCCAGACCCUUGAGGCCGUACCUGCUAAGUCCGCAACUCCCUCGUCAACCUGGGAACCAGAGGAAACCAGUUCUCCUUUCAGCCAGGGGAGGCCCUCCAGCCCAAUCAGGAGCUGCAGCCCUGUGCUCCCCUCACAGGCAUGGCUCCCAUUCGGGAUUCCGUCAGCCAUUCCCCUAAUCAAACAGGGCUGGAACAUCCUGGCUUGGACUCCCAGUAUGAGCCGUCCUCCUGGUCUUCAGGCUCUCCCUGCAGCAGUGACGGCAAGAGCAACUGGGGUAAAGUCCUAGUGGACGGAAGCACAGACAAAACCAAGGACCCCUCCUCGACCAAUUCUUCUGUCUGGCCCCCUUCCUCUUCUUCCUUCUCGUGCUCCUCCUCUUCUUCCUCCUCCGGCUGUGGGUCGGGAUCAGACCCCGAGUUGGCGUCAGAAUGCAUGGACGCCGACUCUAGCCCUUCGACUGGCUCAGAGAAAAACUUUGUCGCGACGACUGGGAUGAUGUCAGCGAAUGCUUCGUCCGCGGUGUCUUCGCCGACGUUCACUCCCUCCUCUGCGAUGAUGGUUGGUGUUUCGCUGAACGCAGACAGCAAUGGCAAUAGUCGUCAGGUUAAUGGAGCAAUCUGUGGUGCAAAUAACGGAAAUAGCAACAUAACCGGACCCUCGCACUUGUCUGCGCCGGGGUCCGGCAGUAUUGACAGCAAUAACAUGGGUAACCACAACAAGCUCGUUAAUAACAGCAGCGUUUGGGGCGCCCAGCCAGGCAACGCCAUGAUGACUUCCAGCGGGAGCACCACCUACAUAAAUGGAGGCUCCACUCCAAAUGCCAACCAUGGUGCCUGGUCGCAGAAUCCAACCCCAAGCCCGUUGUCCCAGAGCCAACGGCCUCCACAGCCUCAGGGGAUGAAUUCAAAACUGGGUAUAGCGCCCCAACAUGGCCCCUUGCUGGGAUGGGGUGGCAUGGCAGCUCCAGACAACAUGAUGGAAGACACUGAGGUGAAAAAUGGUACAUCAAGCAGCAAUGUGUUAGGAAGCAGCAACAGUGGAAAUGGUGGCCUGCAGCCUGCCAGCCUUAACACUGAAUCCCACGGACCAAAUAACACUAUGACGAUGAAUACUACUUCUACUACUACUACUACUACUACUACUAACACAACAAUGACCUCCAGCCCACCAAACUCUAUGGCCUCACCCCAGAUGAGCGGGGAAUGUUCCUGGGGGUCCAUUGGAGGAGGUCUGCUGCCCAAUGGAAACACUUCAUCAGCCCCCAAGUGUUCCCAAGGAGAGACAGGGGGCCCUGGAACCUUUAGUACGCCUUGGGAUGAAUCGACCUAUUCUGGAGAUAAGGGUCCCCCAAAUUCAGACACUGUGAACCCACAAAACUCUGCCUCAAUGCAGGCAGAGAACUCCCAAAUGUCCUCUACUGCUGCUUUUAAGAGUAAUGAUCACCACCACAACACUGGCGCACCACGCUGGGAUCAGGGGCCUGCCAGUAACCCCAAUCAGUGGGUUGGGGGUGUCAGCUCAAAUCAAAUCCCAGGCUCUACAGGACAGACGCCAGGAACUGUGAACCAAACUGCAAUGGGCGCUACUUUAGGUGUACCUCGCCCCUGGGGGAGCAGUGCGUCUUCUUCCUCCUCUUCCUCGUCGUCAUCCCACAAGAUGUCAACAGCAGAGUGGGGAGCGCCUCGUGGCAACAACCAUUCAGAUGCUGAAAGUCAUAAAGGAAGUGCUGCUAACGGCUGGAAAAGCCUGGAGGAUGAUGCCAUGGGCAUGGGCGGUGGAGGGCCUGGAGGCGCCAGCCUGGCAGGCAUGGCAGGAGGCUGGGGUCGCUCCGGAGGAAGUGAGGGAAGUGGGGAGAGCUCCGGAGGCCAGUCCAGCUCAGACAGAGAAGGCAGCCUGUCAAAGGGAGGGAACCGAAGAAAGGUCAACAACGCAACGCCAUUCGUAUCAGUUCCGAGUAAGACUGACGUAGAUCCAAGGGUCCUAUCAAACAUUGGAUGGGGCCAAACACCCAUACGACAGAACACCGCCUGGGACGUCAAUCCUCCCACCAUCAAUCAGCCACUGCCUCCCAGACCAGAUGACAGAAAGCAGAGCUCUGGCUGGGGAACCGCAGCUCCCAGCCAGACCUCUGGUGGUACAGGCUGGGGAGGCGGUCCAGGUUGCGCCGGCUCCAAUACAGCAAACACUGGUUGGGGUGAUCAGAGACCGACUUCCGGGUGGGACAGCAAGGGCCCAUCCAGCGGAGGUGGCUGGGAGGAUGGAUCCGGUUACAAAGGGAAGAACUCAAUGAACAACGUCAGCAAAGAUGACAGAUCCAAUACUUGGACUAAUGUGCCCAAACCACAGCAGAGCUGGGGUUGCAACAGUGGAAAUGGAGAUGAGGGCUGGAGCACUGGUGGAGACAGUGCAAGAGCAGGGUCUAACAACCACUGGGGAGAACCCCACAAAGGGUCUGGUUCCGCAGGCUGGGAUAGUGACAGCGAUCGCUCUGGCUCUGGAUGCUGGAGCGAGCCAGGUCGAACCAACACCUGGGGAGGAAGCGGCGGAUCAAAUACCCCAGACCAGAGCACUCCGAACCCGGGCUCGAAUUGGGGUGACCCUGUUCACAAACCCAACCUUCAAAAUAAAAGCCAGGGUUGGGGAGAGCCAGUGAAGAACCAGCAGGGUGUCCAGACCUGGGGCGACGCCAGUUCUAAGCCCUCUCAUACUUCCAAUGAGUGGGGGAAAGGUCCAGACUCCAACAUGUCGAGAGGAAACAACAAGCCCACAGGCUGGUUGGGUGGUCCCAUCCCCACUAUGGGUCAGAAGGGCGAAGCGGCCACUGGCUGGGAGGAGCCUUCUCCAGAGUCCAUCCGUCGAAGGAUGGAGAUUGAUGAUGGCACUGCAGCUUGGGGAGAUCCCGGUAAACAAAAUGGUGGCUCUGUCAACAUGUGGAACAGAACCAGCCAGUCAGACAAGGAAGGCAUGAGUCCAUCGUCUCAACACCCAUCCCAUAGCUCGACACAUCCUUCUCAGCCCAUGCAGCCUCAUGGCCAAGACAAAAGUGGCGGUUCUGGCUGGGGCGAGCCUUAUGCCCAGCAGAAAGAGUCUUCUACAUGGGGGGAGCCCAUGUCUGUUACCGUGGACAAUGGAACGUCCGCCUGGGGGAAGCCAGUGGACAGUAACCCUGGCUGGAAAGAACCCACCCGGGACAACAGAGAACCUGCAUGUGGAUGGGAAGGCCGUCAUAAGUCUGGUCUAGGUUCCAAGCCAAUGGAGACCUGGUGUGGCGAGGAGGUGUCAAUGAGUAACAGUUGGGACCAGGAAGAGGAAGUAGAGAUUGGCAUGUGGACUAACAGCCCACACGACAACAGGUCACAUGACCAAAACACCUGGCACUACAAGAAUCGAGGAUCCAGCAAGAUGAUGAAGCCAGUCAACAAAACUGAUGAGCCAUGGAUGAAACCCUUCAUGAACCAGUUCAACAACAUGAGCUUUUCUCGAGACUCUCCUGAUGACUGCAUGAAAAGUGGGGCAGGAAUGGUGCAGGACAAGCGCAUGGACUCCAUGGGAGAUUUUAAUGGCAUGAUGGCCAAGAUCCCCGGGUCUCAACACCAGCUCCCCAAAGAGUCCACCAUGGAUCGCAGCUCCUAUUAUGACAAGCUGUCGGUUUCCCUCCCUGCUUCUGACCAGCACUGCUCCAGUCAGAGCAUGAGCAUUUCCCCUUCCAACUGUGCUCAGCUUGCCCCAUGUCACCACUCUGGGACAUCUCCUGCCCACUCUAGUCCUGGUGUUUCUCGGCAGAAUGUAAACUCAAUGUUGGGUAGCAGCAGCUUAGCACAAGGUCGUGGUGGACUGCACUCACAGCUCCCGCAUCCUAACUACCGUAACCAAGUGCCUCCUCCCAUCCUCCCCCCUCAGGUGCCUCCAUCCCUGCUGAAAUACCCAGGAGGCAAUGGAGCCCUCAACCCUCUGCUCGGCCCUCAGCAGGUUGCUGUGCUCAACCAACUCUCCCAACUCAACCAACUCAACCAACUCAGCCAGCUGUCUCAGCUCAACCAGCUGCAGCGUCUUCUCCUCCAGCAGCAGCAGCAGCAGCAGCAGCAGCAGCAGCAGCAGCAGCAGCAGCAGAAGGCUCAGAGCCAGAGAGUCAUGCCUGUGGGACGACCGCCUGAACAGAUGCGUCCUAUUGGUUCAUCUCCAUCCAUGAUGCAGCCACCACGACACCUGGACCCUUCUCUGCUGAAACAGUCCCCGGCCCUGAAACCGUACCUGGAGAACUACUUGCCCCACAACAGUCCUGACCUGCAGAAGGAUGCUUCCUCUCUCGGAUCCUUCAGCAACUUCCCUUUAAGCUUGAACUCUAACCUGAAUGUAUCCCUGGACUUGGGUGUUGGUACUACUGCUGGUGGAGCUUUGGGCUACAAAGAGCCACCCCAGUCCAGAAUGAAGAAACUGUGGGUCGCUGACCCUCUGGAGCAGAACAGCAAAUCUGGUGCUAUUUCGUCAGGCAUGCGUCUGGAGGACUCCUUUUAUGACUUCCUGUCCCCCGGCCCGCCCCCCUUAAGUCCCGCCGGCCAAUCAAUGGGCUCGGUGGGUGACGGCUGGCCGCCCCGUGCCAACUCCCCCCUCCCCCACGGAAACACAGUCACCUGGCCCCCAGAAUUCCGACCCGGAGAACCUUGGAAAGGUUACCCCAACAUUGACCCUGAGACUGACCCUUACGUGACUCCUGGUAGUGUCAUCAAUAACCUCUCCAUCAACACCGUCCGUGACACAGACCACCUCAGGGACAGGAGCAAUGGGCCAUCCUCAUCACUGAACACCACGAUGCCUUCUAACAGUGCCUGGUCAUCCAUUCGUGCCUCCAGCCACAGCGGUUCCCUCACCAGUACAGCACAAAGCACUUCAGCCAGAUCCAGUGAGUCUAAGUGGUCUCCCAGCGCUGGUUCUGUGUCUAACUCCUCUCUGGCCCACGAGCUGUGGAAGGUCCCCCUCCCUCCUAAGGCGCUGUCUGUGGCGGCCCCCUCCAGACCGCCACCUGGCCUCACUAGUCAGAAGCCCAGCUCCGCCUCCUCUGGCUGGGAUGGCUCCGCCCUGAGGCUGGGUGGGUGGGGCUCCACUGACUCCAACUACGCACCUGGUUCCAGUUGGGGCGACAGCAGCAGCUCAGGGAGAACUCAAUGGCUUGUUCUGAAAAACCUCACACCUCAGAUUGACGGCUCCACUCUGAGGACCCUGUGUAUGCAGCACGGCCCUCUGAUCACAUUCCACCUCAACCUGCCGCACGGUAACGCUGUGGUCUGCUACAGCUCCAAGGAUGAGGCUGCCAAGGCCCAAAAGAGCCUGCACAUGUGUGUUUUGGGGAACACUACUAUUCUGGCCAAGUUCGCCAGCGAGGAGGAAAUCAACCGUUUCUUUGCACAAGGGCAGUCACUGGCCACACCCUCCUCGGGCUGGCAGGCCAUCGGCUCCUCCCACAGCAGACUGGAUCAGUCCCACCCCUUCCCCGGCCGCGCCGCCGAGCCCAGCCAAUGGAACAGCGGCGAGCUCCACGGCUCCUCCCUGUGGGGCGGGCCCAACUAUUCCAGCAGCCUGUGGGGGAACCCCGGCGGCACCGAGGCAGGGCGGCUCAGCAGCCCCUCCCCAAUCACGUCCUUCCUCCCGGUGGACCACCUGACAGGCAGCGGCGACGCCAUGUGACCGUCAUGCGGGUCAGUGGAGAAUCCUCAAUAAUCAGCAAAACGGCGCCGCCGCCGGCUUUCUCGAUAGUCAAGCGCGCGCCCUGUGGAAAACAAGUUACGUUUGUCUCUCUGCACAUAUGUCCACUUUUCUUUAGCCCAAAAACAUAUCAGUCGAAAUACUUGAAUCCUGCAGGCCAAUUCUAUAAUGUGAACGGAUGGAUACUUGCUUCCAGGUAGUGCUCUUUCACACCGAAAAAAGCUUCAAUCGAGCUCAUUAUUAUUAUAUAUAUAUAUUUUUGUUUCAUUCGUCGUGUUUAUUUGAAUUCCAAUUAUUUUAUCGUUUUCUCUUUUUUUUUUUGCAUUUGUUUGCUGACAAUGUUGGAGUAUGAGCUUUUUUAACUUUGCACUGAAUGUGUUUUUUUCUCAGUAUAUAUAUAUAUAUGAAUAUAUAUAUAUAUAUAUAAUCUGCAAUAUAGAGGGAGCAGCCAGUUUUUCCAGUGUAGCUGUUUACUCAUGAGGUCCUUACCGUGUGUGUGUGUGUGUGUGUGUGUGUGUGUGCGUGUGUGCGCUCCUCUCUUGCCUUGGCACGCCUACCUUACCGCGUUGUCGUGGAGUUUGAGAUCAACAAAUACGUUGAAGAAGAAAAGCUGAUUUAGGAGGUGAUAAAAAAAAAAAAAAGUGACAUUAAAAAGAAAAGUAUUGCACCGAUUAUUUUUUUGUUUUCAAACUAAAGAACGUUGAGCCCUGCAGUGCAAAGGACUGUAGCCGCAGCUGGGACUAGCAAGCCCUGCCUACCCUAGUGUAGGGGGCGGGGCCUAUCUAGCAAGCCCCUCCCUCACGCCUUGUAGCGGGCGCGGGCGGGAGCAGCACUUUCAGAAGAGGCUUUCAAUGUUUUGGAGGUGCCACACUGCAACCUCUUGUUUACAAGACUUAGGAGGCGGAGCGUGUGUUCAUUCUUCAUUUUCACCACAAGAUGGAGUAAAACUGAAAAAUGCAAGCAAAAAAAACCUUAAAAAAAAAAAACGUCAAAAAAAGUUUUAAAAAUGAUAAAAUGUUUGAAAAAAAAAAAGCUUCUAUAAAAAUGUUAUCAAGGAUGAAGACGAUGCUUUGUAACUCUGGGAAUUCGGAUCAGUGUUUUUUGGCCAUGGUUAUUUGAAUGAUUCCUCUUUUGUCUGCUCAAUAACCAGCGAUGGUUCUCAGGAAAUCAAGCCAGUUUUCCCCACCUUCUAGUUGAUGAAAAAACACACAAAAAAAAAGUCAAAUCCAACUUCUAGCACUGAAAAGCGUGUUUAGGUCUGUAAGUUUCUUUUCUCUGCCAAAUAACUGCUUUAAGCUGGAGAAGCUCCACACACUGCUUUCAAUAUGCUGUCUUUGGAGGGCCCAAGUGUGUGUGUGUGUGUGUGUGUGUGUGUGUGUGUGUGUGUGUGUGUGUGUGUGUGUGUGUGUGUGUGUGUGUGUGUGUGUGUGUGUGUGUGUGUGUGUGUGUGUGUGUGU